AUGAGCAAAUUACACGAAUACAGCAAGGCGUUAAUGCUGACAUCAGUGACGCUCUCUGCAAUGGCCAUUGAGUGGCUCUACUUUGGUUUCCCAUCCACGCUACUGAUUUACUUGACGCUGAUACUGAUAACCGUACCGUUAUACAUACUCAUACAGUUGCUUACAUUCAGUAAAGUAAAAGGUUCACGUCCUCGAGUGGUGACUCUGGUGUUCACCACGCUCACUUUCCUUUACCUGAUAACACAGCCAACAUAUCCCCUAAGCGGGCCAGGUUCCGAGCUGAAUGAGCAACAUCCGGCAAACAACAGCACAUCUACGUAUUUCUUCAGUGCCAACUUCUACAACAGCCAGGAUAUUCUACCUGCUUUCUUCGACCAAUUCCUCCAACUAUCUGACUACCUUGGCCGCGAUAAUGUGUAUAUAAGCAUCUACGAGUCGAAUAGCCAUGACAAUACAAAGGAUCUUCUACACCACUUUGACGAUGCUCUCACACGCCUGAGCAUACCACACACAGUGAUCACAGACGACUCCACCCAGAAACCUUUCUUUGUCGGCAAUGAGAGAAUAAAUUAUCUCGCAAGCGUGCGCAAUCUAACUCUCGCCCCCCUCACAAGACAGCUCGACGAGCGUUUCAACCACUUCGACAAGAUUGUCUUUCUCAACGACGUCUUCUACGACUGGUUCAGCGUAGUACGGCUGCUCAACACGCGCAACGGGGCAUAUGACCAGGUAUGCGCGUUUGACUAUUUCAAAAUAGGGCUGUACGAUACAUGGGUAACGCGCGACACAUGUAGUAGACGGACGAAAGUGGUGUGGCCAUACUACCAGGAUGCCCACUCGAUAGAUCUCCUCCGUCGAGGCGAGCCUAUACCUGUGAAUAGCUGCUGGAAUGGCAUCACGGCUUUCGACGCAAGUUGGUUUGUUGACCGCAGUGGCGAUAGUGACCCUAUCCGGUUCAGAGUGCUCGAUGAGUGCGUUACUUCGGAAUGCCUCCUGUCUAGCUACGACAUCCACCGCAAGUCUCACAAGCAACCUGAGAUAUACAUGAAUCCAUUAGUACCGACUGCAUACGAGAAACCAGUAUUUCAACUUCGUUCUAGACUCUUCAAUCUCUCGCUAGCACGCCCUUACCUAACCUACCGCUACUGGUUCGAAGAGAGACUCUUUGGUUGGCUGACUGCAUUGGGUAGAAAGGAGGAAGAGUGUGCAGCAUGGCUCGAUGAAUGGAAGACAGGAAAUUGCACAUAUGAAUAG